AUGGUUCUCAUCUGCUACCUCCACCAGAUCCUCUAUACAACCCUAGCAGUUGUCGCACUAAAUGGCGUCGCUGCGGGCGGUAUAGGCAAGCAUGUUGACGACAUCACUGUGACUGAGGCCACCAUCGCCUUUCGUGCGUGGUUCAUAUGCGAGCUGCUCUAUGGACCGCUAAGUGCUGCCGUCCGGACCUCGAUCCUGUUGGUCCUUCUGCGCCUGAAACCUUCGCGGCUUGAUAAGAUGGUGCUCUACACCUGUCUGGCCGUCAUGUAUCUUUUUACUACUGUCUACUUUCUUCUUAAUUUAUUUCAGUGCAGUCCGCCGUCCUUCUUCUGGCGCCAAUUUGGAGAGGUAGACCUCGAAGGCUCCUGCGCACACCCUGACAUGGUGCCAAAGGCAGCCAUUGCUCACAGCGCGGUCUCCGCACCGAGCGACUGGCUCACAGCGUUGAUGGCAGUGAAACUGAUGCGACAAAGCAUGCGGGAAUGGCGCAAACAAAUGACCCUUGUCAUCUUCCUCACCCUCGGUGCUCUUGCGGGAGCUGUCAUGAUUGCACGAAUACCGUUCGUGCAACUGCUCGAAAUUACGCCUGAUUUCCUAUAUCGCACGGUGGAUGUAGCAAUGUGGUCCGUAAUUGAACCUUGCGUCGGGAUUGUUGCGGGGAGCCUGCCCUUCGUCCGAGUGCUAUUUGGCAAGAGAAAGCCCAAGUCAGACAGUCGCUCCAGGAGGGCAAUUGAGAUACCGGAGCUGGAAGGUAUCCAGGUCCAUACCACCUGGGAGGUGCGAUCAGACUCCAUAGACCGACAAUGUGCCCUGACAGCCAAUAAUGUAUCCGCCACCAGCGUCUCGCAUCAUGUUUUCUAG